AUGGCCCCAAAAAGAAAGAGAACCAUUGCAGACGAAGAAGAAGAAUUCCAACCAGAAGAUGAGGUUCAAGUCAUCGGAAGUGAUGAUGACGACGAUGAUGAAUUUAUGGAAAAUGUCGUUGAUGAUGAUGACGAUGACGAUAUUGAAUUCAAGGAAAAAGCAUCAAAAAAGAAAAAGAAAGAUGAAGACGAAGAAGAGGAAGAUGGCGGAAAAAAGAAAAAGAAGUCAUCAAGCAAAAAAUCAUCGUCCACAAAGGAAAAGAAGGAAACCAAGAAAAAGUCUUCUUCUUCCUCCGAUAAAGAUUCCAAGAAAAAGUCAUCAGGUGGUAAAAAGGGAAGCACAUCAUCGGGGCCAAAGAAAAAAGAUCUUACGAUCAAGGAUGAAAGCGAAGCAAGAAAGGUUGUUUUAGAACUCUUCAAGAAGGCAAAUCCCAUGGCCACUAAAUGUGUGGACAAGUUAGAAAGCAAAGGAGAAUUGACUGUAAAAGCUAGCGGAAAAACAAAAAUCUGGUGGAUUAAUCAAGAUAAUUUAGAAGUAUUGAGCAAGGAAGAACUGAAAGAAAUUGAUAAUGAAAUCAAAGAAUUGCAACAAGAAAUUGCAGGCGUGAGAUCUGACAUUACUCAACGCAGCAACACUAAAGCAAAACUCUUAAAGGCUCCAAAAACUGAAGAGCUUCCUAACAUUAUUUUGAAAGAGCGUGCUGAGCUAGAGCAAAAGAAGAAAAAGCUAGAGUCAUUACAAUCUGGUUCGACCAAAUUGUGUACCAUUGAAGAGAAAAAAGAAGCUUUAAAGCAUCUAGAGAAAUACUUGAAGGAAUGGAAAUCUAGGAAGAGAUUGACCAUGAGCAUUGUUGAUUCUAUUUGUGAACAUGCUGAAAAGACUCGACCUGCCUGA